AUGUCGUCGCCGGACAUCGCCGGAAUGCUGGACAACUCGAAGGAGCUCGAUCGGCUGAGGAAAGAGCAGGAAGAGGUGCUCCUCGAGAUCAACAAGAUGCACAAGAAGCUACAAUCUACUCCAGAAGUAGUUGAAAAGCCUGGUGAUAACUCACUUUCAAGGCUGAAAAUGUUAUAUACUCAAGCCAAAGAGCUGUCUGAGAGUGAAGUGACUAUUUCCAGCCAACUGUUGGGACAAAUUGAUGCAUUGCUGCCUUCUGGAACUCAAGGGCAAAACCGGCGAAGGAUAGAAGGCAGUGAGCAGAAGAAAAAGAAGGUGAAGGCAGAUUCGGAAGUCCCGAGACUCUCUCAGCCUAUGCGUAGUCAUUUAGAGGCUCUUGCGAGUUUGAAGGGUGAACAAGUGGCAGCACGGAUCACUCAAGAGGAAGCUGGAAAGGAUGAGUGGUUUGUGGUUAAAGUUAUUCAUUUUGACAAAGAAACAAGACAAUUUGAGGUAUUGGAUGAAGAACCAGGGGAUGAUGAAGAGAGCACUGGGCAGAGAAAAUAUAAGCUGCCUAUGUCUCAUAUAAUACCUUUUCCAAAACGGAAUGACCUUGCUAAUGUCCCCGAUUUCCCUCCGGGAAAACAUGUUUUGGCUGUUUAUCCCGAAACCACAACACUAUAUAAAGCAACUGUAGUCCAGCCUCGAAAGAGGAAGAUUGAUGAUUAUGUGUUGGAAUUUGACGACGAUGAAGAGGAUGGAUCUUUGCCUCAACGGUUAGUACCAUUCCACAAGGUUGUUCCUCUUCCCGAAGGAUACCGUCCGUGA